AUGGUCUGGUACUGGAAGUUUUACUCCCUAUUCUUCUUGACGUUUCAACUGGACUUUGAGGAGAAGCCCCACUCUGAGGAGCUGCUUCCCUGCUAUUGGCUGUUCUCCUGGGGACAGCUACAGGGCAAGAGUCAGAGCCUUGACCCCAGCUCCCUCUCUCAUUCAGCCUCCUUCUUCGGGGAGAACCACCUGGAGGUGCCCGUGGCCACAGUCCUGACCGACAUAGACCUGGAGCUGCAGUUCUCCACGUCUCAGCCUGAAGCCCUACUGCUCCUGGCAGCAGGUCCGGCUGACCACCUCCUGCUGCAGCUCUACUCCGGACGCCUGCAGGUCAGACUUGUCCUGGGCCAGGAGGAGCUGAGGCUACAAACCCCGGCAGGGACGCUGCUGAGCGACUCCAUCCCCCACACUGCCGUGCUGACCAUUUCAGAUGGCUGGGCCAUGUUGUCCGUAGAUGGGCUCCUGAACACCUCAGCCCCAGUCCUGGGAGCCCCCCUAGAGGUCCCCUAUGGGCUCUUUGUCGGGGGCGUUGGGAGCCUUGGCCUGUCCUACCUGAGGGGAGCCAGCCGACCCCUGAGGGGCUGUCUCUAUGCAGCCGUCCUCAAUGGCCGCAGCCUCCUCCAGUCACUAACCCCAGAUGUGCAUGAAGGCUGUGCCGAAGAGUUUUCUGCUGGUGACGAUGUGGCCCUGGGCUUCUCUGGGCCCCACUCUCUGGCUGCCUUCCCUGCCUGGGGCACUCAGGAUGAAGGCACGUUGGAGUUUACACUCACCACGCGGAGCCAGCAGGCACCCCUGGCCUUCCAGGCAGGGGGCCAGCGUGGGGACUUCAUCUAUGUGGACAUAUUUGAAGGCCACCUGCGGGCUGUGGUGGAGAAGGGCCAGGGCACUGUAUUGCUCCACAACAGUGUGCCUGUGGCUGAUGGACAGCCCCAUGAGGUCAGUGUCCACAUGAACGCUCACCAGCUGGAAAUCUCCGUGGACCAGUACCCCACACGUACUUCCAACCGCGGGGUCCUCAGCUACCUGGAGCCACGCGGCAGUCUCCUCCUGGGGGGGCUGGAUGCAGAGGCCUCUCGUUACCUCCAGGAACACCGCCUGGGCCUGGCACCAGGGGCUGCCAACGCCUCCCUGCUGGGCUGCAUGGAGGACCUCAGUGUCAAUGGCCAGAGGUGGGGGCUCCGGGAAGCCUUGCUGACUCGUAGCAUGGCAGCCGGCUGCAGGCUUGAGGAGGACGAGUAUGAAGAGGAUGCCUAUGGCCCAUAUGAAGCUUUCUCCACCCUGGCACCUGAGGCGUGGCCGGCCAUGGAGCUGCCUGAGCCAUGCGUGCCUGAACCGGGGCUGCCUCCUGUCUUUGCCAAUUUCACUCAAUUGCUGACCAUCAGCCCACUGGUGGUGGCCGAGGGUGGCAUGGCUUGGCUUGAGUGGCGGCACGUGCAGCCCACGCUGGACCUGACCCAGGCUGAGCUGCGCAAAUCCCAGGUGCUGUUCAGCGUGAGCCGAGGUGCACGCCAUGGAGAGCUAGAGCUGGACAUCCCGGGUGCCCAGACACGGAAAAUGUUUACCCUCCUGGACGUGGUGAACCGCAAGGCCCGCUUCGUCCAUGAUGGCUCUGAGGACACCUCUGAUCAGGUGGUGCUGGAGGUGUCCGUGACAGCACGGGCACCUGUUCCCUCAUGCCUGCGGAGGGGCCAAACUUACAUCCUGCCCGUGCAGAUAAACCCUGUCAACGACCCGCCCCGCAUCAUCUUCCCGCACGGCAGCCUCAUGGUGAUCCUGGAACACACGCAGAAGCCACUGGGGCCCGAGGUGUUCCAGGCCUACGACCCGGACUCUGCCUGCGAGGGCCUCACCUUCCAGCUCCUUGGCACCCCUGCCAGCCUCCCUGUGGAGCGCCGAGACCAGCCCGGGAAGCCAGCGACUGAGUUCUCUUGCAGGGAGCUGGAGAUGGGCAGCCUUGUCUAUGUCCACCGCGGUGGCCCUGCACAGGACCUGACGUUCCGGGUCAGCGACGGGCUGCAGGCCAGCCCCCCAGCGACACUGAAGGUCGUGGCUGUCCGGCCAGCCAUACAGGUCCACCACAGCACAGGGCUGCGCUUGGCUCAGGGCUCCGCUGCACCCAUCUUGCCUGCCAACCUGUCAGUGGAGACCAACGCUGUGGGGCAGGAUGUGAGCGUGCUGUUCCGAGUCACCGAAGCCCUGCAGUUUGGGGAGCUGCAGAAGCAGGGGGCAGGUGGGGUGGAGGGCGCUGAGUGGUGGGCCACGCAGGCUUUCCACCAGCGGGAUGUGGAGCAGGGUCGUGUGAGGUACCUGAGCACCGACCCAGAGCACCGCACCAACGAUGCUGUGGAGAACCUGACCCUGGAGGUGCAGGUGGGCCAGGAGACCCUGAGCAAUCUGUCCUUCCCAGUGACCAUUCAGCGAGCCACGGUCUGGAUGCUGCAGCUGGAGCCACUGCACAUGCAGAACACCCAGCAGGAGGCCCUCACCACAGCCCACCUGGAGGCCACCCUCGAGGGGACAGGCCCAAGCCCCACCACCUUCCACUAUGAGGUGGUUCAGGCCCCCAGGAAGGGCAACCUUCAGCUACAGGGCACAAGGCUGUCAGACAGUCAGGGCUUCACCCAGGAUGACCUGCAGGCUGGUCGGGUGACCUACGAGGCCACAGCACGUGCCUCGGAGGCAGUCGAGGACAACUUCCGUUUCCGUGUCACAGCUCCACCACACUUCUCCCCACUCUAUACCUUCCCCAUCCACAUUGGUGGUGACCCCGAUGCUCCCAUCCUCACCAACGUCCUCCUCUUGGUGCCUGAGGGUGGGGAGGGUGUCCUCUCUGCUGACCAUCUCUUCGUCAAGAGUCUCAACAGUGCCAGCUACCUCUACGAGGUCAUGGAGCGGCCCCGCCAUGGGAGGUUGGCUUGGCGAGGGGCAGAGGAUAAGGCUCUGAUGGUGACCUCUUUCACUAAUGAAGACUUGCUGCAUGGCCGGCUGGUCUACCAGCACGAUGACUCUGAAACCACAGAAGAUGAUAUCCCAUUCGUGGCUACCCGCCAGGGUGAAAGCAGUGGUGACAUGGCCUGGGAGGAGGUACGGGGUGUCUUCCGAGUGGCCAUCCAGCCCGUGAACGAUCAUGCCCCCGUGCAGACCAUCAGCCGCAUCUUCCAUGUGGCCCGGGGUGGGCGGCGGCUGCUGACCACGGACGAUGUGGCCUUCAGUGACGCUGACUCGGGCUUUGCUGACACUCAGCUGGUGCUGACCCGCAAGGACCUCCUCUUUGGCAGUAUCGUGGCUGUAGAUGAGCCCACGCGGCCCAUCUACCGCUUCACCCAGGAGGACCUCAGGAAGAGGCGAGUCCUAUUUGUGCACUCAGGGGCUGACCGCGGCUGGAUCCAGCUGCAGGUGUCCGAUGGGCAGCACCAGGCCACAGCACUGCUUGAGGUGCAAGCCUCAGAGCCCUACCUCCGCGUGGCCAAUGGCUCCAGCCUUGUGGUCCCUCAAGGAGGCCAGGGCACCAUUGACACAGCUGCGCUCCACCUGGAUACCAACUUGGACAUCCGUAGUGGGGAUGAGGUCCACUACCAUGUUACAGCUGGCCCUCGCUGGGGACAGCUACUCCGGGCUGGACAGGCAGUCACGGCCUUCUCCCAGCAGGACCUGCUGGAUGGAGCCAUUUUCUACAGCCACAAUGGCAGUCUCAGCCCCCGUGACACCCUGGCCUUCUCCGUGGAAGCAGGACCAGUGCACACAGAUGCCACCCUACAAGUGACCAUUGCCCUAGAAGACCCACUGGCCCCACUGCAACUGGUCCAGAACAAGAAGAUCUACGUUUUCCAGGGGGAGGCAGCUGAGAUCAGAAGGGACCAGCUGGAGGCAGCCCAGGAGGCAGUGCAGCCGUCAGACAUCGUGUUCUCAGUGAAGAGCCCACCCAGCGCUGGCUACCUGGUGAUGGUGUCGCACGGCGCCUCUGCAGAUGGGCCACCCAGCCUGGACCCCGUGCACAGCUUCUCUCAGGAGGCAGUGGACGCGGGCAGGGUCCUGUACCUGCACUCCCGCCCUGAGGCCUGGAAUGACACCUUCUCCCUGGACGUGGCCUCAGGUGUGGGUGCUCCCCUGGAGGGCAUCCGUGUGGAGCUGGAGGUGCUGCCCGCUGCCAUCCCACUGGAGGUGCAGAAUUUCAGCGUCCCCGAGGGCGGCAUCCGCACCCUGGCCCCUCCACUGCUUCGUGUCACUGGACCCUACUUUCCCACGCUGCCGGGCCUUGAGCUGCAGGUGCUAGAGCCGCCCCGGCACGGGGUCCUUCAGAGGGAAGAACGACCUCAGGAUGGGACCAUCAGCUCCUUUUCCUGGAGAGAGGUGGAGCAGCAGCUGAUCCGCUAUGUGCAUGACGGCAGCGAGACGCUGGCAGACAGCUUCAUCCUGGUGGCUAAUGCCUCGGAGAUGGACCGUCAGAGCCGUCCUGUGGCCUUCACCAUCACCAUCCUGCCUGUCAACGACCAACCCCCCAUCCUCACCACAAACACAGGCUUGCAGAUGUGGGAGGGGGCCACUGUGCCCAUCCCUGUGGAGGCCCUCAGGGGCACAGACGGCGACUCAGGGCCUGAGGACCUGAUCUACACCAUCGAGCAGCCCAGCAAUGGACGGGUGGUGCUUCAGGCAGCACGGGGCACCGAGGUCCUCAGCUUCACACAGGCCCAGCUGGAUGGCGGGCUCGUGCUGUUCUCACACACAGGAGCCCUGGAUGGAGGCUUCCGCUUCAGCCUCUCCGAUGGCGAGCACACUUCCCCUGGACACUUCUUCCAAGUGACAGCCCAGAAGCAAGUGCUCCUGUCAUUGGAGGGCAGCCAGACACUGACCGUUUGCCCAGGAUCUGUCCAGCCGCUCAGCAGCGAGACCCUGAGAGCCAGCUCCAGCGCAGGCACCGACCCCCACCACCUGCUGUACCGGGUGGUACGGGGCCCCCAGCUUGGCCGGCUGUUCCAUGCCCAGCAGGGCAGCGUCGGGGAGGCCCUGGUGAACUUCACUCAGGCUGAGGUGUAUGCUGGGCAUGUUCUGUAUGAGCAUGAGAUGCCCCCCGAUCCCUUCUGGGAGGCCCAUGACGCCCUAGAGCUCCAGCUGUCCUCGCCCCCUGCCCCUGACGUGGCCACCACCCUUGCUGUGGCUGUGUCUUUUGAGGCUGCCUGUCCCCAGCGCCCCAGCCGCCUCUGGAGGAACAAAGGUCUCUGGGUUCCUGAGGGCCAACAGGCCAAGAUCACCGUGGCCGCCCUGGACGCCUCCAACUUCCUGGCCAGCAUCCCAUCACCCCAGCGCCCAGAGCAUGAUGUGCUCUUCCAGGUCACGCAGUUCCCCACCCGGGGCCAGCUGUUGGUGUCCGAGGAGCCCCUCCACGCUGGGCGGCCCCACUUCCUGCAGUCUGAGCUGGCUGCAGGGCAGCUGGUAUACGCCCAUGGCGGUGGCGGCACCCAGCAGGAUGGCUUCCGCUUCCGUGCCCACCUCCAGGGGCCAGCGGGGGCCUCUGUGGCGGGACCCCAAACCUCAGAGGCCUUUGCCAUCACAGUGCGGGAUGUGAAUGAGCGGCCACCUCGGCCACAGGCCUCCAUCCCACUCCGGCUCACCCGCGGCUCCCGUGCCCCCGUCUCCCGGGCCCAGCUGAGUGUGGUAGACCCAGACUCAGCUCCCGGGGAGAUCGAGUAUGAGGUGCAGCGGGCACCCCACAGUGGCUUCCUGAGCCUGGCUGGGGGCAGCCCGGGGCCCGUGACCCGCUUCACGCAGGCCGACGUGGAUGCAGGGCGGCUGGUCUUCGUGGCCAACGGGAGCAGCGUGGCAGGCAUCUUCCAGCUGAGCAUGUCUGAUGGGGCCAGCCCACCCCUACCCAUGUCCCUGGCCGUGGACGUCUUGCCGUCUGCCAUCGAGGUGCAGCUGCAGGCACCCCUAGAGGUGCCCCAAGCUUUAGGGCGCUCCGCACUGAGCCGGCAGCAGCUCCACGUGGUUUCCGAUCGGGAGGAGCCGGACGCAGCGUACCGCCUCCUCCAGGGGCCCCGGUACGGCCACCUCCUGGUAGGCGGGCAGCCCGCCUCAGCCUUCAGCCAGCUCCAGGUGGACCAGGGUGAGGUGGUCUUUGCCUUCACCAACUUCUCCUCCUCUCACGACCACUUUAGAGUCCUGGCACUGGCCAGGGGUGUCAAUGCAUCGGCCAUAGUGAACAUCACCGUCAGGGCUCUGCUGCAUGUGUGGACAGGUGGGCCGUUGCCCCAGGGUGCCACCCUGAGCCUGGACCCCACCAUCCUAGAUGCGGGCGAGCUGGCCAACCGCACGGGCAGUGUGCCCCGCUUCCGGCUCCUGGCGGGACCCCGGCACGGCCGCGUGGUUCGCAUGCCCCGGGCCAGGACGGAACCCAGGGGCAGCCAGCCUGUGGAGCAGUUCACUCAGCAGGACCUUGAGGAUGGGAGGCUGGGGCUGGAGGUGGGCAGGCCAGAGGGUAGGCCCUCCGGCCCCACAGGCGACAGUCUCACUCUGGAGCUGUGGGCACGGGGUGUCCCACCUGCUGUGGCCUCACUGGACUUUGCCACCGAGCCUUACGAUAUGGCCCGGCACUACAGCAUGGCCCUGCUCAGUGUCCCUGAGGCUGCUCGGACGGAAGCAGCAAAGCCAGAGAGCAGCACCCGCAUGAGUGAGCCAGGCCCGGCAGCAUCCAGCCCUGUGCCCACAGUGGCCAGGGGAGGCCUCCUGGGCUUCCUCGAGGCCAACAUGUUCAGCGUCAUCAUCCCCGUGUGCCUGGUCCUCCUGCUGCUUGCGCUCAUCUUACCUCUGCUCUUCUACCUCCGCAAACGCAACAAGACAGGCAAGCACGACGUCCAGAUCCUGACCGCCAAACCCCGCAAUGGCCUGGCCAGUGACACUGAGACCUUUCGCAAGGUGGAGCCAGGCCAGGCCAUCCCACUCACAGCCGUGCCUGGUCAGGGGCCCCCACCAGGAGGCCAGCCUGACCCAGAGCUGCUGCAGUUCUGCCGGACACCCAACCCUGCCCUCAAGAACGGCCAGUACUGGGUGUGAGGCCUGGCCUGGGCCCAGAUGCUGAUCGGGCCAGGGACAGGCUUGCCCAGACCUGGGCCCCAUUGCUUCCAUGCCCUGGUGCUGCCUGAGUAUCCCCAGAGCAAGAGAGAUCUGGAGACACCAGAAAUGAAGGCUGCUGGGAGAGAGUCCGGGGGUCCCAGACAGAGUGGAGUCAAGAGCUGGACUCUCCCUCAGCCCAUUAUGAGCCUGGAAAACUGCAGGGGCCACAGUCAGAGGCAGGCUGAAAUUCAGUCCUCCUUCCCUGGAGCUGGUUUGGUCUUUCAAAACCGGGGUGGCCUCCUAGGUAGGUCAGGACUCUGGGUCCUCGGUAUGUGACCUUGGGUAAGUCACACCUGACCCAGGCUGCCAAGGGGGCAAGGAGAAGAAAGAGCCCUGGGGAGAGAAGGGACAGAAAGGGGAUUCCUGGCUUUUCCACCCCAAUCCAGGCCCCAGGGUUGAGGGAAAAACUGUUACCCUCUGGUUUUUUAGAGAGAUGGUAUUUGCUGGAGCAGAGGGCAGGAGGAGAGAGCUCCUCCACUCUCCUGAAAGCAUAAGCCAAUAGAAUAAUAUAUUCAGGGUGCAGGGUGGGUGAGUUGCUCUGGGAAGGGGUUUAUUUAAGGGGGAUUGCAAGGAAGCUAUUUAACAUGGUGCUGAGCUAGCCAGGACUGAUGGAGCCCCUGGGGGUGUGGGACAGAGGAGGAUCUGAGGCCAGUUCAUUGCUGGGGCCCAACCUUGAUGGGCUAAGCAAGCCUUGGUCACCGGCCCCAGAGCAAGCUGGGCUUGGGAGAAUGGAAGUUCCCGGGCCCAGGGUCUCUGCAGUGCCUGUGCCCCCGUAAGGACUAGGGGGUGGGCAGGUGAGGGCUCUUGGCUCCACAGGACCUGGAUAAAUGGUGCUUUGGAGGCUCUGGACAGCUGUGUGUUUGUGUCUAACUGUGCACCGGGCCCUUGUCCACGUUGGCCUGCAUUCCCCCAGGGCAGGCCAUAGGGCCUGGCCUUAGCCAAUGGGAUAGACAGGGCCAGGUAGGUCCCUGAAUUUCCACCUCCUGGCGACUUCCAGAUCUCUGCCCCUACCUAUGUGGGCAGGUGAGCUGGUCUUUGGGAGAUGGGACCAAAGCUUUUUGUUUAGUAGAGAUAGGCUAGGUCCUCUACAAGGAGCUUCAAGAAAAAAAUAAAAGGCUCCCAACCCUA